GGCAUGGCCGCGUCCCGCGGGGCUGCGGGACCGCCGGCGCGGGGAGAUACCGAGUGUAUUUUGGAGCCUCUGUCUCUGCCAGAAAGUCCAGGUGGUGUUGAUGCAGUAGAAAGUUCUCCCUAUGUGCCUUGUAUUUUCUGCAAAGAAUGCUAUGUCUUAGCAGAACAAAACCAGCUCCUGAAGCAUAUGAUUAUUGAACACAAGCUCGUCAUAGCAGAUGUGAAACUGGUGGCAGAUUUUAGAAGCUACAUUCUGUACUGGAAGAGGAGGUUUGCAGAACAGCCUAUCACAGACUUUUGUAGUGUGAUAAGAACAAAUUCAAAAGCUCCAUUAGAGGAACAGGACAAUUAUUUUCUUUUAUGUGAUGUUUUACCAGAAGACAGAUUACUUCGAGAACAGCUUCAGCAAAAGAGACUGAGAGAAAUUCUAGAACAGCAACAACAAGAGAGAUAUGACACAAGUUUUCAUAGUAUGUGUAUGUUCUGUGAUCAAGAAUUCACAGGAAACAGAUCUGUUCUUCUCAAUCAUAUGGCAAGAGAGCAUGCCUUUAACAUUGGGCUGCCAGAUAACAUUGUGAACUGCUAUGAGUUUUUGGCUGUAUUACAGAAAAAGCUUGACAACUUGCAGUGCUUAUACUGUGAAAAAGUCUUCAGAGACAAAAACACACUUAAAGAUCACAUGAGAAAGAAGCAGCAUCGCAGAAUCAAUGCCAAAAAUAAAGAAUAUGACAAAUUUUAUAUCAUUAAUUACUUGGAAUUUGGAAAGUCCUGGGAGGAAGUGCAGUCAGAGGAUGACCGGGAAUUACUAGAUAACCUAGAAGAAGAUUGGUCUGACUGGGAAGAGCAUCCUGUAUGUGCAGUUUGCCUGUUUUGUGAACAACAAGCAGACACCACAGAGAAACUCUAUCUUCACAUGCAGAAAUCACAUGGAUUUCACUUUCCUAAAAUAAAGUCAGAGCAUGGUCUGAACUUCUAUCAGCAAGUAAAGCUAGUGAAUUUCAUCAGAAGAGAAAUCCAUCAUUGUCGUUGUUACAACUGCCAGGAGAAAUUUGAAUCCAAAGGAGGAUUGAUAAGUCAUAUGGAAGAGACCAAACACAUUGCAUUCCUGCCAGCCAGGACUACAUGGGAUCAACCACAGUAUUAUUUUCCUACCUAUGAAAAUGAUACACUCCUGUGUACACUGUCAGACAGUGAAGAUGCAAAAGCUGAGGAUCAAAGUGAAGAAGUGCCUGUUGUAAGUGAAGAUAUAUCCAGCCUAAAAGCUCUCAAGCAGAGCAGUGUUUUAAACCAGCUUCUGUGGAAAGAGAACAAGAAUCAGGAGAAAUUUUGAUUUGGAAGUACAGUGGCUGUCCUUUAGUGCUUUUUCUGCAAGAAAAAAAAAAAAAAAAACAGCUUUCAAGACUAUUGGAAUACAGUUAAACUCAAAACUCACUAAUGUUAUCAUCAUGGGACAUUAUGAUAACAUUAUAUAACAUAAACGAUAACAUUAUGAUAACAUAAAUAUUAAAA